GACUCUGAAACUCUCUGAGGCUGCCCCUACCCGUAUCCGUCUGUGAUGGCGGGCUCCACUGUCAGUACUUCAGUCCUCAUCAGGUCCUCAUAUUCACUCAACAAUGCUUUUCGUUGGCCGGCAGGGUUCGAUCGGGGCGGCAGGGCACUCUGAGUGCGGUCUUGUGUUCACUAUAUUCGCUUUCCAAAUAGAGACAGGAUAUCGUCGGUGUGCUAUUAUCCUUUGUCGAGACGACCCAAGGGCUAAUUGAGCCGUUUUCCCUUGCCACCCUUUUCACCACAAGUUCAAAUCAGAUUCAAAUCUAACCGAGAAACCUGCGAGAAACCGAGGCGGCGAAAACAGCCCAUGUCACUCUAUUUCUUCCUUGAAUAUGAGGCUAUGUGCAUUGAAGGUUUAAAACACUCAGUUUUGACAGUGGCGACUUUAUCCACUUCCCCCAACUCUUUUCACCAGGCUCGCGACCAUGUUCAAACUCUCAUCUGCCUUUGUCAUCUCCGCACUUGCAUUCUCUGCAGCGCGCGCGCAAGACAUCAUGGGACUAUCGUGGAACUCGACUUCCCCAUACGGACAAUCCACUGGCGUAUUCUCUCUCCUCGAGUCUACGUACGGAUAUUCGAUGGUAUUCGCUGACGGAACGAGCACUCUUAGUGCGACGUACGACUCUGCGUCGCAGACAGUUACACAGGUGUGCCCUCACGCAGGCCUCAUAGCUGCUAUGAUUCCUGUGGAAGGAAGCAGUCCCUCAACUUUCACAAUUGAGUGGGUUGAUUCGACUGCGAUCCUGCCAGAGGGAUCAUCUACAACAAGCCUCGUGCCUGGAAAUGGGGCUUUCCUCACAACGAUGGGAAGUCCUAAUGGGGCCUUCGCUCAAAAUGGUAUUUUCAAAGAGUUCUCGGUCGAUGGGACUUACGUGUUUGCGUGGGCCGACGAGACGUUCCAGGAGAACCAAGACGUUACUGCUUGGAUUGACAUUUCGGAUGGCAGCGCGAUUACCUGCUAAUCUGUUUGCUUUGCUUGCUGGCAUCGUUAAAACCUCGGAGUAAAUCAUCGUUUUUACUUACCUGGGACUACGUAAUAUUGAGCAAUAGUGAAUGUUUCUAUCAAUAUGAACUAAGUCAUUGCGUUCUGCAAUGUUCGUGAUAUUAUUU